AUGGAGGUUGUUGGAAUGCUGUUGGACAAAGUUGCUAUAUCAGUUACACGUCUCUCAACUGAUCAUGCAGAAGUUGAUAAAUCUACGCCUGGCAAUAUGUUUCACCACGUAGUAUCAUAUAGACGGUCUCUUGUGUUGAUACUGUGUACGAUAUUGUUUUUGGAGACUCAAGCUGAUUCAGAUAUAUGCAACACAUGUAAUUGCAAUUCACUUACAACGAGAAUAUAUUGUGCACGUCGCAAUUUACUAUCAAUUCCACAACCAAUUCCGACGAAUGUUGAAUAUUUAGAUCUGCGAGGGAACAACAUUUCAACCAUCAAAGAAGGAGCAUUCACGGGGCUUUCGAAUUUAAAGACAUUAGAUCUUGGAGGGAACAACAUUGCAACCAUCACGGGGCUUUCAAAUUUAAACGUAUUAAAUCUGAACGAGAACAACAUUUCAACCAUCACAGAAGGUGCAUUUACGGGGCUUUCAAAUUUAAAGACAUUAUAUCUGUACGAGAACAACAUUGCAACCAUCACAGAAGGUACAUUCACGGGGCUUUCAAAUUUAAACUUCUUAUAUCUUGGUUCCAACAACAUAGCAACCAUCAAAGAAGGAGCAUUCACGGCGCUUUCGAAUUUAAAGACAUUAUAUCUGUACGAGAACAACAUUGCAACCAUCACAGAAGGUACAUUCACGGGGCUUUCAAAUUUAAACUACUUAAAUCUUGGUUCCAACAACAUAGCAACCAUCAAAGAAGGAGCAUUCACGGCGCUUUCGAAUUUAAAGACAUUAAAUCUUGGUUCCAACAACAUAGCAACCAUCAAAGAAGGAGCAUUCACGGCGCUUUCGAAUUUAAAGACAUUAAAUCUUGGUUCCAACAACAUAGCAACCAUCAAAGAAGGAGCAUUCACGGCGCUUUCGAAUUUAAAGACAUUAUAUCUUGGUUCCAACAACAUAGCAACCAUCAAAGAAGGAGCAUUCACGGCGCUUUCGAAUUUAAAGACAUU